AUGUUGCAGGAAUUACUGGACAAGGACAAGGAUGAUGCAUCCGCAGAUACGUUUUUCAGUUCGUAUUCACAGCUUCAGCAUGGCAAGAGCGCGUUUGCGAAAAUUUUUGGGGGUGCAUUUGCGCCACAUAGUAGUGACUCUAACGGAGGAUCUACUUCAUUUCGUGAUGUUGCAGCUUUCCGCCCUCGGUCAAUGGAGCCCGCGCAGUUCGAUAGUAGCCGCGGUUGCGAUUACCGUGAUCACGCAUACGAGGACCAUGUGGCGCGGAAAGUCUGUGUCCGCGACUUGCAUCUUCUGAACCUCUACAAGCCUCGCAACGCGUUCUCUCCGGAUGAAGCAGGACAACAACAGUAUCAUAAGCAGCUAAUACAACUAGAUCGUGGAAUCGCCGAGCGGGUUGCUCAGGGACUAAAGUCCUACUUCGAUCUGGUGCCUGACGCAGGGAAGCGGAACUUGCCCCAACGUGUUGUGGACAAGGUUGUUAAGAAGCAGGGGCAAGACGGUCCACUGCUCCAGCGGUUGUCUCGCGAGGAGCUAUCCGAGACAGUGCUGCUUCAAAAAGAGCCACCGAGCGCUCUGCUUACAGCCGAAGACGCACCAAGCGCACAACGACUGGUGGACAAAGAAACCAUCAAACUUCUGUGGCAAGACGCUGACGUACUCGAGCACGCGGUUUUGCCGGUGCUGCGCGGCGCGUAUUUGAAAGCUGAUGGGGAGCGUGAUCAUAAUCCUUUGGGCUUGCUAGACGAGUUUAAAAAUUUCGUGACAACCAUUUCCGGAAGCAACGGGAAACUCUCGUAUGGGCCAAACAAAGGAGCUGCAACUGCCGGUUCGUCAGCGACGUCGGCGGAGGGCGAGAACACGAUUGGCAUGGUACAAGCUGGAGCUUCAAUGACUAAUGGUCCUGUCGAUGCUGCAGUUGAGCGGCGGCUAUCGCGAGCUCAGAAGCGCGCCACUGGAUUUGAUAUGGACGAGGAGAUUCAAGGAGCGGGCCUGACCUCCCAGAACCUGACACUGACGCAGCAGAAGACUAAUCUACCGCGGAGCGAACAAGCUAUUAUUGUUGAACGCCAGAAUGCGGCUUUGGAGACAAUGGUGCAAGGGGAGCAUGCUGAGGCAAAAUUCGCGAAGAUGCUCAAUCUUGGUGUUUUUACUGCACCUUUUGU